AUGGCGCCUGCUCCGAUUGACCCCCGAAUUGUCGAUGUGGCGGAACCCUUGAAGCAAACGCUCCCGCUUCCUCCAGCAACCCAGGAACGCCUCGAGAAAGCAGGGAUUGACCUCUCGGACGGCUAUCCUUAUCGGCCAUCUCGUCCCUUGUAUCUGGACGAUGUCUACAGCAUCCGUGACUAUGAUAGGCCACACGUGGACCCGGGCAGCCGCGCGGAUCCGGAGAAGAAAGCCCUCCUCUCCGCUGCCAAGGAAGUAAUCCACUUGACCAAGCAUAUCGGAACGGAGAUAGUCGGACUGCAAUUGAAGGACCUCACUGACCAGCAGAAAGAUGAGCUGGGCCUGCUGAUCGCAGAGCGCAGUGUCGUCUUCUUCCGAGACCAGGACAUCUCGCCCCAACAGCAAAAGGCCUUGGGCGAAUGGUUUGGUGAAAUUGAGGUCCAUGUUCCUGGCGUUUCAGGUGUCACAGUCAUUUGGCCUGCUCUUCAAGCAACAGAGCGCCCGGCGAACUUCCGCAAUCCCGGAGGUGCCUCCCGCUGGCACACUGAUCUCGUGCACGAGCGGCAGCCCGCCGGAGUGACCCAUCUGCAUAACGACACGGUCCCCAGUAUCGGUGGAGACACCCUGUGGGCCAGUGGCUAUGCGGCGUACGAAAAGCUGUCGCCCGCCUUCCGCAAAAUAAUCGACGGCAGAACAGCCAUCUACCGAUCUGCACACCCUUACCUUGACCGCAAGAACCCGGAGCAAGGUCCUAAGUAUGUCGAACGUGAGCACCCGCUGGUUCGGGUCCACCCUGCGACGGGCUGGAAGGCGCUCUGGGUGAACCGAGCAAUGACCGACCGGAUUGUGGGGCUUGAUAAGGCUGAGAGCGACCUCAUUCUCGGUUACCUCUGUGAUGUGUAUGAGAAGAACAUCGACAUCCAAGUGAGGUUCAAGUGGAGCCCCAGAACGAGUGUUCUUUGGGACAACCGGAUCACUAUCCACAAUGCCAGCUGGGAUUACGAAGGCACUGAGCCCAGACAUGGCACCCGAGUUACGUCCCUAGCGGAGAAGCCCUUUUUUGACCCGAAAGCUCCCACUCGUAGAGAGAGUCUGGGCUUGCUGGACGAGGCCGAGAAGAAGGAACUGGCAAAGGCAAACAAUUAA